AUGGAUUCAUUCGAAGCAAGAUUACAAUUCAUUCAAGUCUUGAAGAAUUUACAAAAAAACUUGAGUAUUAUUGACAAUAGAACGUCAAUAAGUAGUGGGGGAGAGACGAACCCCAUGAGUUCAAGUUCCACUGUGGAUCCGAUUCAAUUUUAUUUAAGAAGUUACAAAGAUCAUUUUGAAGAUUUCCAUCAAUGUUUAUUUGAUACUACGAAUAAGAUGAAUUCAUUAGAUAGGUUGAAUGUUUUAUUUUAUUAUAGUAAGAUAUUGAUAACGUUAAGAUCUAAUAUGAAUGAAUUUAAUGAGAAAGUUAUAUUUAAUGUUCUCUUACCAUCAUUAUGUGAUCUUUAUCAUUUGAUCUUACCAAAUUAUGAUUGGAAAUCUUUAACUAAUUUAGAUCCAUGUAUUGAGAUUUAUAAUUUAUUGAAAGAUAAUUUUUUUAAAGAUGAUGAAUUAAUGACAUUAAAGGAUUAUAGAAUAGUGAAGGACAAUGAAGGAGAAAUACAAGGAACACAAGAAAAUAUUGCAAUAAAUAAGUUAUCCUGGUAUUCAGUCAAGGACGCCACCACCAUGAGAACCACGAAAGACAAAGAAGCCUCAUCUUCGACUCCAUCUUUGGGCCAUUCUGUAAUGGAUCAUAAAGAAUCUUUCAUAAACACAAGAGAUCUGUUACAAGAUAGAAUCCUCAAAAGACAGUUAUUUUUCAAACAUUAUAUACAAAAUGGUCUUACGCCUGUCUUUGGCGUCGAUAAUAAUCCUCAUAGUACUUUAAAAGACAGUGAUCAUUUAGCGACGACAACCGCUUCUGUAUCACCGGUGCUCCCAUUAUCUGGUCAAGAUCAACUUGCUGUUACUACUACCACUAACAAUACUCCUACCGCUGUUCAUACCAAUAUGCACGACUCUAGUGGGAACAAUACGACUAAUAUUAAUAAGGUUCAUAAGAGUCUUACUACCAAUGAUAGGAUAAUACCUAUUAUAAUUCGUCGUAUGGAAAAUGAUCGUGAGAGACAUAAGAGAUUAAAGGAGAAAAGUUGGGUUGUAGAUAGAAAUAUACAAAGACAGAGACAAAAGGGACAACCUCUUAAUACUAAGAAAUUGAUUCUAAACGUUAAUGAAUUUGAAUCUUUGUGGAAUAAUACGAAUGUUAAUAAAUUGACGAUAGAUGAUAUAAAGAAUAUGAAGGAAAUGAAUUUGAUAGCGAAGCAAAGUUAUAUGAUAGAAUAG